AUAAAUGAACUUGUUCGGACAUUGACUGGAUUUUUUGUCCUUUUUCUUAGCAUUGUUCUCUUUUAUUUUUCACAAUAUAUUUUUUAAAUCAGCAGUUGCUAUUCUUCUAGAUAUAGAAAGUUACACAUAGUUUGCUAGAUUAUAUUCAUAUAAAGUUACUUUAACAUUUAACCAUUGUUCGUGCAUAAACAACAUCAUACGUUAACAUCUGUGAUGUUUUUGCAAUAAUGUGAAAGUGUCAUAUCUUAUGGACGUCUUAUAUAUUAAUUUAAACGAAAAAAAAUAUAUCAUAUACAAAAUUUCAAUCUAUAUUUUUAGAACAUUUUUGAAGAUUCUAGAAAUCAAAACAAAUACAAAAAUGUCAUUAAAGUUUAUUUAUUAGGUUAUAAAAAAUUGCAAUUACGCCAGAUAAAAUAAAAUGAAAGGAGUAAAACUCCUAUUACACCGCUAUCGCAUUUUCCAUGUUACUUCAUCUAAUGUGAAUUGCUACAACUUAAUAUAUAAUAUAUAUAAUAAUAUAAAAUAAUAUUUUGACUAAUAUUUUUAUAUAUUAAUUUUUGCAUUUGUUUUGAUUUCUAAAAUCAUUUUAAAGAUAUUCCAAAUAUUAUUUAUAUUAACAUUUUUUAUAUGUAUAUUGAAUGGAAGUUGUUCAAAUUUUAAAUCAAGAGACGUUUAGUAAAAAUUUAUUAAAAAUUAUUCACCGAAACUUGUCAUCAAGUGAAUAAUGGAAAUUAUAGAUAUCAAAAAAAGUCAUGAUCAAGAGAAUAUUAUUUUCGCAUCGAUAUCGAUUUGGAUAUUCCGUUUUGAAAAAAAUAUAUGAAUUUUAAAUGAAACAGAAGAAAUGGCACCUAAUGUAACAAGUACUCCAUCAGGUAUAUUUGAUGGGGAUAAUCGUUCAGAUCAAACUAUAAUCGAGACACCUAAAAAAAAAUACAAGAAACACAUUAUCUGGAGAAAUGUGAUUAUAUUCUCUUAUCUUCAUUUAGCUGCUGUGUAUGGAUUAUAUCUGGUUUUUACGUCUGCACAAUUUAAGACCACUUUGUUUGCAUUAUUCCUAUACGUAUGCACUGGAUUGGGAAUUACAGCUGGUGCUCAUAGAUUAUGGGCACACAAAUCUUAUAAGGCGAAAUGGCCACUUGAGUUAGUACUAGUAAUUUGGAAUACUAUGGCAUUUCAAGAUGCAGCAAUUCAUUGGGCUAGAGAUCACAGAGUUCAUCAUAAAUACAGCGAAACAGAUGCGGAUCCUCAUAACGCGACGAGAGGAUUUUUCUUCGCGCACAUAGGCUGGCUCUUGUGUAAAAAACAUCCGGAUAUUAAAGAAAAAGGCAAAAGAAUCGAUAUAAGCGAUUUGGAAAAAAAUCGUAUAUUGGCAUUUCAGAAAAAAUACUAUUUAAUUCUGAUGCCUCUAUUUUGUUUCGUUUUACCGACUAUUAUUCCAGUCUAUGGUUGGAAUGAAACUUGGUCCAAUUCAUAUUUCGUGGCCACAGUUUUGCGUUAUGUUUUCGUGUUGAAUAUGACUUGGCUUGUCAAUUCCGCUGCUCAUAUCUUUGGAAACAAACCAUAUGACAAGUUUAUCAAUCCUUCGGAGAAUAAAGCGGUGGCCAUAGGAGCACUUGGCGAAGGUUGGCAUAAUUAUCAUCAUGUAUUCCCAUGGGACUACAAAACAGCAGAAUUGGGAAAUUACAGAUUUAAUGUUACAACAGCUUUUAUCGAUAUGUGCGCAAAACUUAGACUCGCAUAUGAUUUGAAAUCGGUUCCUUCUGAUUUAGUGAAAAAACGAGUGGAAAGAACCGGCGAUGGAAGUCAUAAUCUGUGGGGUUGGGGUGAUAAGGAUCAAACACAAAAAGAUAGGGAAGUGACGAUGGUAUAUCAUAAGGCUUAUUAAAAUAUGAAAAAAAAAACAUUAGAAGAAACAUAAUUAACAAUGCGAGCUAAUUGUUCACUUGUUUCCUACGAAACGAUUGGACUAUGGCUCACUUUGUACAUAUUUAGGGGGUGGAGGAAUACGAACUAUCUGGAAAUCAUUGGAAAUGUUUUGGAAUAUCGCUUAAUAUUUUUAAUUACCCAGUUAUAUUAAUCUUAGCUGUACUCUAUUUUUAUCAAAAAUAUGAAUCUGAAAUUAUUCAACUAUUCAGUGAUGAGUAAAAUAUUUAUAUAUUGUUUUGUUGUAUUUUCAUAAAAAUUGAUAUGCACAGUAAUAAGAUUUCUCGUUUUUAGAAAUAUACAUUAAUGUAUGUGUUGCUAUCGAAAAAAAAUUUUUAUUUUUACAUUAUUAUUAAAUAAUUUUUAGCGUAAUAGUUAUGCUGUAAAUAUCGAUUUUUACAAAUUAAAAGAUAUUAAUCGAUUUGAAAAACUAAUAUAUCGAAAAUUAAAUAACAAAUAUGUCGAUGUUAUGCGACUGAUUUGAGGUCAUUUGGCGGGUUCUAAAUGUCCUCAAUAAUCUCGCGAAAAAAUCCUUAGUAGGAUAUUUCAACGAAAUUCGAAAUUACAAUGAUAUUCGCAUGCGGAAAUCAUUUGAAAUUAGAUACAGUAGAAUUGCGAUAAUUCUCUGGAAAUGCUUGUCAGAUUAUCAAAUAUUUUAAAUUCUAAGAAUACAUCUGAAAUUUGAUAAGAAAAGAUUUUAAAAAUAAUCAAUAAAUUAAUAAAUUAAUACAAUUUAUUAAAAAAUAUGAAAUAAAUAUUUUUUUACGAAAUAAAUAAUAUGCUUAUUGAAUAACAAUAAUAACAAUAAUAAGCUAAAAUAGAAUUAUGCGUCUUGGAUUAUUGAAUAUUAUCGAAAUUCUACUGUAUUCUAAAAACUUAUAUUAAUAUUACUACUAGUUCGUUAAGUAUAAUCUAUAUAAUCUAUAGAUUUUUGAUUGAAUAAGUUUCCUUUCCAUCUAAUCCAUAUGUAAAUUCUAUUAUUGAAAAAUUGAUUUUCUUUUUUUUUAUUUACUGGUUUAACAAUUUUAAAAAUCGAUGUUAAAGAAUAUAAACUUGAAAACUCUUUUAAUAUUUUUUAUAAGAAAAAAAAAUGAUUAGAUGAUAGUUAAACAAGACAAUAAUCUUUUGUUAAAUAACUUCUUUCACAUAUUCAAUAACAAAUUAAUAAUUCUUAUAUAUGAAUAAUUCUAGUACUGAUUUCUAUCUCUCGUUUCAACUUUUAUUUUCCCGAUUAUUGUUAUUUUUAUAUUAUUUAUAAAUAUUUUUUCUAAAUAUUGAAGAUGUAUCAUAAUAAAACCCCUCCUUCUUUGUUUUUUCUUACUAUUUAUUCUCUUUCUUAAUAUUUUUAGUCACAAUAUAAUAAAAAUUUUAUUUAGUAAUUAUAAUUAUCUAUUUUUGAAACAUGGGUAUUCAAAUAUAUUUCAUUUUUCUUUUUCUCUUCUUCCACUUUUGUUCGUUUGCAACAGCUUAACUCUAGAAAGCGAAAGCGUGAAACAAAUACAAAGUUCAUUUAUUUUCAAGUAAUAUAUUUUUUAAUUGUACUUUUAUUAAUUUCAACCCAAUUAUUUUCAUAAAUUUAUUAGUACGAAUCUAGAUAUAUAGAAUCUAAAAAGAUUUUUUCUUUUUGUGUUAUAAAAAAUAACAUUCUUUUUUAUUUUUUGAAAUUAACAAUUUGUAAUAUGUAUAUGUGUAAAAUUAUAAAAAAUAUAAUACCUCUUGUCCUUCAUUAUCUAAUAAUGAUAUUAAAUAAAAAUAGCAGAGAAAAAUUUACUAAACAUUAUCGAAAAGUAAAGAAAAGAAAUAUUUCACGCUUUCUGAGAUUAAUAAAUAAGAAAAAAUAAGAAUAAGGAUAUGGAUCUUUCUAAUUUAUUUUUUUCUAAUAAUUUUAUUAAUAAAAAUGGGUGAAUGAAGGAUAUAAAAAAUUUGUAAUCGACGAUUUUCUUUAUUGUAAUAAAUAAAAAGAAUUUAAUUUUAAAAAGAAAUAAAGGAAAUAAUAUAAUUGA